AGACACGUUGACAUCAUGCACUCCGUAAACUCCGUAAAGGCAGACACAGCUGCUGCACAGUGCACACUCUCUAACAUUAACUUUUUUUUUUACCCAAAUACACAUACCCCCUGAGGACGGCGCAGUAUUGGAUUUCUGUGUUGUGUUCCCUCAGUGAAGCCGUCCAUGUCGGAGACCACGGCGCUGGGCGCCGCCAUGGCAGCAGGAGCAGCGGAGGGGGUGGGUGUCUGGAGUCUGACCCCUGGUAACCUCACAACCAUCCCCACUGACAAAUACAGACCCCUGAUCAAUCCUGAGGAGAGUGAGUUCCGGUACGCACGAUGGAAGAAGGCUGUCCAGCAGGCCAUGAAUUGGGAGACCACGGAGCCCAUCAUCAGCAAUGGGAACGGCCCGGUCGGCAAUGGGAACGGCCCGGUCGGCAAUGGGAACGGCCCGGUGGGCAAUGGGAACGGCCCGGUCAGCAAUGGGAACGGCCCGGUGGGCAAUGGGAACGGCCCGGUCAGCAAUGGGAACGGCCCGGUCAGCAAUGGGAACGGCCCGGUCAGCAAUGGGAACGGACACCACUAGUAGGAUCUGAGCCAACACUAGGAACCGUUGAGGAUACAUAUGGAGUUGAAGAGAGGGGGAACAUACAGAAUGUAACACCCGUCCCUCCAUUGGUCCACAUGGCACCGACAUCUGAUGGCUGUUUGGGCAUGCUGUGGACUUUCCUUUCCUCCUGAGAGCAUUCCUAGUGCACAUCCUGUUGCCUCCUGUACAUGUACUCAGCCCCGUUCUCUUAGUCCCAUGG